UGUGCGUUAAAACGACUGAUAAAUGUAGCAACUGAUUGUUGUCACAUUGUUCUGUGAUAUUUAUUUUUACGUAGGCUAUAUCAGAGCAGUUAUAAAAUGUGCUCACUUGAACAUUGAGUAAAGGGAAAGACAAAAGGUCCUAGCAGUUGCAAAUAGCAAAUUUUAUACAGAACAUUAAUUGCAACGGUAGCCAAAUGUCAGCAGUACUGAUUAUUAUAUGUUCAGAUAAUGCGGUAAAUUAUGUUCCCUUUAUGGCUGUAUGUGUACAUAUCACGAAACUAUUUCUUAUUCUGUUUUUAGUUUAUAACUUUUGUGCUGCACUACGAUGCGACAGAUAUCAGAAUAAUGCCAAACUGCGCCAUUCGGUGUAGUAUUGACGCGGUGGAUGUUUCCCUAAUUCACGCAUGCGCAAAUUCCCUCUAAUCUUUCCUGUCAUUUUAUGGUUCCUAAAGUUUAACCAGCACUUCUGUCAAGACUUGUCGCGUGUGUUUGCUAUUAUGUUGGGUUUUACCUGCUGAAUUUAGGCAGUGGCGCUUUGUAAAUUUGGUCAAGUAACGAUAGUAACAUGAGCAUCAGGGAGAAGGAGCUAAAGAUCCGUUUUAGCCCAGGUCACGUAGAGCUCGUGCAGGAGGAUGUGUGCACUCCAUGCCGGCGUGUGCUGGUGACCGGAGCCACUGGUCUACUUGGACGUGCAGUCUACAAGGAGUUCCAGAACAAUGACUGGGAGGUCCUGGGGUGUGGAUACACUCGCGCUCGGCCUCGUUUCCUCAGCUGCAACCUGCUGGAUGAGGAGGCUGUGCGGGCGGUUAUUCACAACUUCCAGCCUCAUGUGAUCGUACACUGUGCUGCUGAGAGAAGGCCUGAUGUGGUGGAGCAUCACACUGAAGCAGCCUUGAACCUGAAUGUACAUGCAUGCGCUACAUUGGCAAAAGAAGCAGCUGGCAUCUUUCUGAUCUACAUUAGCACUGAUUAUGUGUUUGAUGGACGCAAUCCCCCAUAUGGAGAAAAUGACACCCCCAACCCGUUAAACAUGUAUGGGAAAUCAAAGCUUAAGGGGGAAGAGGAGAUACUCCGACACUGUCCAGGUGCUGCAAUACUCAGGGUGCCCAUUCUCUAUGGAGAGGUGGAGAAGGUUGAGGAGAGUGCCGUCACUGUGCUGUGGGAUCGCAUUCAGGAUGGAGCUGAGAGCUCAACUGUAGACCACUGCCAGCAGCGCUUCCCCACCUAUACCAGCGAUGUUGCACGUGUCUGCAGGUACAUGGCUGAUCGAUGUCUUCAGGACUCAUCCUUGCACGGGAUCUUCCAUUAUUCUGGAAAAGAACAGAUGACUAAAUAUGAGAUAGCCUGUGCUAUUGCAGAUGCGUUUAACCUACCCAGGAGUCACCUGAUACCGUUGACCGAGCAGCCUGCUGGAGCCGGCGCUCAGAGGCCGCAGAAUGCUCAGUUAGAAUGUUCUCGUCUGGACCUGCUUGGGCUGAGUGUGGAACCAACUCCCUUUAAAACAGCAAUUAGAAAUUGUCUCUGGCCAUUCCUCCAUGAUAAACGCUGGAGACAGACCGUCUUUCACUGAACGACAAAGCAUACAUUCUUGAGUUUUAGUCAGAAAAUAGGGCCAAAUCUGUUCACAAGUUAAACAGCUUUUGUUGAUGUUAUAUUAAUGCACACAGUGACUAAUGUAUUAUUUUAUUCUUAUUUUCAUUGCACUAUAGGUAAUAGUAUUGUUGCUUAAGGCAGUUGAGGAUAAUUUGUGUAUAGGUUUUAACCACUUUCUGUCACGAAUGUAGUAAAAAGCAAACUGUCUGGGAGAUUAUCUAAGUGUACCCAGGAUGACCAUAUAAUACAUAUACAAACAGCCUGCUUGGUCCAUAUUGCAGAACACUGUGCAUUUUGUUAAGUUUUUGUUAAGUAAAUUCUGAUUUUCUUCUGUUUGACAAAUUCCCAGCAAAUGUGAAAAUAAUUAAAAAUAAAUAAAUAAAGGAAAACUAUUUAGCUUGAAAUAUCUGAUCUCUUAUUUUCAGAUUGUGCUUCCAAUUUCGUGGUAACAGUUUGGGGAAGGUGACAUGGUAUGAUGGCCCGACGAUCAAUUGUCCACAUACUUUUGACCAUAUAGUGUAUCUUCAAACAAAUAAGUUGAGAGAGACAUCAUAAAUGUCAAAGUUAAAAUAAUUUUAAAAAUAUAUAAUCAAAACAAUAAAGAACAUUUUUCUUUCAGAUUGUUAGCUCUUUCUAAUAAUAUUAUUUUUUUCCAUUCUUCAUAAGUUUUCCAGUAAACUGAAAUGAAUG